AUGGAGCUAUUUAAUAUAAACGCAUCUCUUAAGGAUAUACGCAUUCCCCCAAAGAAUGCUUUCCUUAAGCAACUCAGUAGUAAAUCUAACAUAGUUCACUCCAUAAUGAGACUUAUUGAUAAGCACUUGAACUUAAAUAACAAAUACUCAGGAAUCUUUAAGAAUAAAAUUAGAGUAGGCCAUAGCCUAACUAAUAACCUAGCUACCGUUAUAGCCUCAAUCAACAACAAUAAGCUAGACACCUUCUACAAGACUAGGAAAAAUACCAACAUAAACCACAACUGCCAACAGGCAAAUGGAAAAAAUCUUGUCCCUAAUAACUCGUCCUCAAACAACACGGACUAUGACCUGAUAAAUAAAAGCCCCAUUCAACAUAACACAAGCACAGAUAAACUGAAUAAUUUAUGUGGUUGCAGGGACAGAAAUAAUCAUACAAAAUCUUAUAUAGGAGCCACAAAUAAUGAAAUGAUACUUAGAUACAAUACCCACCAAUCUACCUUUAGAAAUAGAAAUAAAGCAAACUCUACAGGACUUAGUAGCUACAUCUGGGAAUUAAAAGACAAAAAUUCAACUAUAGUUUAG